GGCGCCCGGCCCCGCGGGGGGGGGGGGGGGGGGGGGGAAGGGGAAGGAGGACGAGCGGAGAGAAAAAUUCCUGCUCUGGAUGCCCGGCAAGAUGGCGGCUUGUGGUCGGAGGCGCGGAGUGGCGGGGAUGAGGGAAAGGGUGCCACUAAACACUACAGACUGCUACAUUGUCCGGGAGAUUUACAACGGAGAGAAUGCACAGGAGCAGUUUGAGUACGAGCUGGAGCAGGCCCUGGAGACCCAGUACAAGUAUAUCAUCAUCGAGCCGACCCGCAUUGGAGACGAGACCGCGCGCUGGAUCACAGUGGGGAAUUGCUUGCACAAAACGUCCGUCAUCGCCGGCUCUGUCUGCCUGUUAACCCCAAUAGCACUGGGUUCAGAAUACACCCGCUACGUGGCCCUGCCCAUCGGCGCCAUCAGCGUGGCCUGCGCAGCGCUCUACGGCAUCUCUUGGCAAUUCGACCCCUGUUGCAAGUACCAAGUGGAAUAUGACACGUGCAAACUCUCCCUGCUACCCCUGAAUACUCUUACCUCAUCCACGCCCGUGGUUCUGGUUAGGAAAGAUGAUAUUUACAGGAAAAGACUCCAUAACACAAUAGCAUUGGCCGCCUUGAUGUACUGUGUUAAGAAAAUCUGUGAGAUUUGUGCAGUAUGAUUGGGACAAGUUGCAUACUGUUACCUAUGACGUUGUUUUCAGUGGAGACCACAGGAGCAAGGUCUCCAGUAGAUUUUCACAAGUAUCUCCCCACGUGAACUGAAACCUCCAGUCCACGUGAUAGUUCUUGCCCACCCCAUCGAUUUUGAUCCUCUGUAACAAAAAAAAAACAGUAUAUACUUGACAUUUGUAUAAGAAAUCCAAUUUAUGCAAAACUACUGAUGUAUUUCAGGUGAUGAGCAGGCUGCUGAUCUUCUCGAUUACUUUCAUACUCCACACAUUUCCAAAACAAAAGUAGACAUUAUCUAGCUAGCAUGAAGUAUUUUGAGUUGUUUUGCGGCACAGAAUUCCCAGACGGGUCCUAAUUUGCCAGUUCCGAGUCGAAUGUUCAUAUUUAAAUCCUUUUAGUUGUGGCUUUUUACCACGUGUUUCAGGAACUUUACUGGGAUUGUAGAGUAUGAUCUUCACUUAUCAUCCCUUGGCUGUAGCACUAGGUGGUUAAUCUGACCUGGCUACAGUUUAAUUUGUUGAAGGAAAGGCAAGCAGGUCACCGGAAACUGCAAUCGAAGGGGCAUUGUGACAACUUGCAAAUCCGCAGUGACUGGGCUGCUGUGAAUUUACCUGUCGUUUGCCUUUCUAAAUAAAUGAGUCAUUGCCAUACAAUCAGCUGUGUGUGUAGCGAAAAUAGGUCGUCAGGAAACCCCGAAACAUUUGUAAAUGGGAUCUUCAUUUGGCCAUGUUCAUUCUGUAUUUAUUUUUUUUGGAGAUGAUGAUCCUUGCUUUCUUUCCAAAUAAAAUUCCGUGUAGCAGCCGCUGUUCCCAGUCUCCGGUAGAGAUGGCAUUAGAGUCUGAUAAAACAAUCCAUAUUUGGCAUGACGUGUUGUUUGAGUUCCAAAUUGUAACCAAGGAAGGUUUUGAAGUUGAAAGUUUGUGUGUAGUGCACAUCACCUUUACUAGUUCUCCUGCAUACAAGUUGUGUUGUAAUGGACAGACUUCUUUUUGUUAAAUAUGGCAAUAAAAGGGAACAUUUUGGAUACAAUUACGUUUUUGCCAAAAUUCCUAAUUUUCGCCGCUGGCGCUAUUUCCAGCCUGACUCAUUGGUCAGUAUUUACUGCAUGUUUUGAGUAUUUUUAUUUUCAAUCCUCGUGGUAUUAUCACGUGGGGGAAGCAACAUAGAAUUAUUAAAGAUACAAUUGGGAGGAUUACAGAGGUCUCUGAGUGGUUUCAGGAUGUACUAAUGCUUUAGGGUUACAAUGCAACUAAAAUAAAUUCACACUUAUUUUCCUUGGCUUGCAUUGUGGACAAGAUGCGGUGGUGAAUUUUGUGUGUGUUGGGCGGGGCAAAGAGUGUGUUUGUGAACCCUACACACUUCAGGCAUAAAGAUGUUGGGAAUGUUAUUGCAAAUUAUAUUUUAAGAAAGGGUAAACAUUUUUGAAAACUUUCUAGAUAACCUGUAUAUCUUGGACAUUCUUAGACAAUCCAAUAAAGACUGAGAAUAAAUCGUG